AUGAAUUAUUUCCAGUUUAAAUUAGACAACAAAUUAAGCCGAAGGAGCACAGAAUCUUCUCAAAUGCUCCAAAAGUUUCCAAGCCGAAUCCCAAUUGUCUUAGAAAAAGCCUGAAAUUCAAGAUUAUCACAACUACCUAAAAGUAAAUUCAUGUGUCCUGGAGAGUACACUGAGCAGCAAUUUGUAACAUGCGUCAGAAAAAAACUUGCAUUGGGCUCAGAAACUGCUUUAUUUGUGUUUGUAAACGGAGUUGAUCUAAUUGCAGGAAAUUCGCUUAUGUCUGAUGUUUAUAAUAAAGAGAAAGACGAUGAUGGGUUUUUGUAUAUGGUAUAUUGUGAGCAAGAUGUAUUGGGAGGAAAUUAA